UUGGGUGGCUAUUUGGCGCCAUUCAACUUUGAGCUAAGAUCCGUGAUUGACGUGAGAAAAUGUGGUCCGUGUUAUGCACGGAUUUCGAUCCCGAGGAAGAGACCGCCAACUUUGGCGUGACCCGAGCGGCCCUCCAAUCCCGCGGAGGCGAACUCUACGAUGUGGUCACUUUCGCCACUUUGGAGCCCAAGGGCGUGCCUGAGCGGCCACCCAAGGUCGUGAGUCGUUGCAAUGAGAGCCAGAUUCUAGCCUUAGCUUUAGAGCAAUGCCUGCACGUGAUUCAGCCGGAUUCCACUGCGGAUUCCACGCCCCAUCCGUCAUUUUCCGUCAUAUUUGCUGCCCCGAUUCACGCAUUGGCGUGGUCGCCGUGUCAGAGGUUCGUAGUGGCGGGGCUGGAGGCGGGGCGGGUUCAAAUGGUUCAUGUGCCUACUCAGAUGCCUCUGCCACCUUUUGACCUGGGGAUUGAGGCUGAGGAUAAGGAGAAUGAAAGACUUCAAAGUCAUGUUUGCUUGGAAUGUCAUGCCACUCCUUCGGCUAAAAAUGGGGCCAUGAACCUGUCGGUGGUGUUGAAUACAGGUUGGAUUUGUAAGAUGAAAGCUUUGGAUUUGGAUUCGUUGCACAAGGCCAUAUUGAGCCAGGAUAUGGAGUCAAUGAAGUCGUUUCAAUCUCAAUUGGCGGUUGAAGUCUUGCCCCUGAUGGAUCAGGAACUCACCCAAUCUUUGAGCAGCCAAGAAUUUCGAAUUACCGCCUCCUUUGAACAUUUAACGAAAACGGACGUGGGAUCGUUGCCCAUGGAUUACUUGGACCAAGCCCCGAGCUUUGUUCAGCAAUUGAAGAUGAGCCGUGUUUUGAGAAAUGUUCUCUUUUCUUUGGACAAUCACGGUCAAAUGCACAUGACGUGUCUGCAUACGUUGAUAACCUUGCAAGUUUGGUCAGAAGAGCAAGUACUAGACUUUGUGUUGAUUGAGGAUGAAGGCGAUUUGAAGAUCAAAAUUCUGAUGUUUAUUCAAUCGAUGGACAAAACGGGGGAAUAUUUGCUGCAAAUGCGCGAACACCCUAGCUUCGAACUGCUGUAUGAACUACCUGUGUCCAAAGUGACCCACCUGAUUGAUUGUAGCAUGAACCAAGAGUCACCCAUGUUCAUCGAAGGCACUUUCAUCGAAGGCUCGGAUGUCAUAAGCUUCCUGCGAAUGCGCGGGAUUUGUGAAAGUGUUCUUGAAGCUCGUCUCCAUCGUCUCAUACGUCGGAAUAAGUUUGAUGAAGCGUUCAAAUUCGCUCACAACUUCAAACUUCCGGUACAAGAUGUCCAUCAGGCCAAAAUAUCUUGGUUAUUGGAGCAGCUCUCGCCAUGGCGGGAGACAACACUUGAUGAAUCCGAAGCUUCAUUGCUCUUGACCGACCUCAAGGAAACGCUAAGUAAAUUGACCGACUUGGACUUCAUAGUUCAAUGCUGCAUCAAUGCUGCCCUUCGCAAUUUAAAUGAUGUGGAGGAACUUUUGAAAUUGGCCAGGAAUAUCAUUCAGAGUAAUGUGGGUAAAGAAAUGAACAUCCAGUUAAUGAUAACGGUGAGUAGAACACUUCAACGAUUAGAGACCUUCAACAUGGCUCUCGAUGGUGCGGGAGCGGAAGAAUGGAUGGCAUUUUUAAGAGCAGAUUUGUUUCAAAUGUUUUUGAAUUCUGUUCGUGAGUGCAAGUUGGAACAGUCCUUGAUAAUAUGGAACCGUCACAAACCGGAGUUCUCGAAAAGUUUCGAUAGUGAACAUGUAGUGAUGUGCUUGGAAAUGAUUCCUCGAACGUGGUCUGUUGAAGAUCGACUUCAUUGGUUGAAUUACGUGUUACCAGACUGCCUACAGAUGUGUCCCGAAGCGUUGGGGGAAAUUGCCUCUUGGGCAUAUCGAACCACGUUGGUGUAUGAAAUGGAAUCAAGACGAGAGUGGCCUGACAACGGCCUUCAGUUUGCUGGCGGCAUUCUCAACACUUUGUGCUUCUCUUCGGACGUUGAUCAAGAAACGAAUCUCAAGGCCGUGAAGGCCCAACUUGUUCUCAAUUGCCAAAGGUCCAAUCCUAAAUCUGAACUCUCUAAUCUGAUUGGACUCAAUGAUUUGUUGAAAGAUCUAAGAACCCUCCAUAAACGCCAUCGUCUGAGAGUCAAGGUCCAGGACUUUUCAUCCCCGGACAAAAUGUACGUCAUCUCACUUCUCCUCGAUUGGUUGACGUCCCAAGAAGAAAUUCAAUCGCUGGUGGAGACCUUCCUUAUUGAAUACAUUACACGGUUCAAUCUAAGUCCCAGUGAUGUGUUUUCGACCUAUCUAUCAGAACUCAUCAGAACCACGGAAUUCAGCUGGCAUUGGCAUUUUGGUGAGACACCUUGGGAAUCCAAGGCUUCAGCACUAAUUCCUCACAUCGAAUCCAUUGAGCGUAGAGCGCGAGUUAUCCUAGAAAUUGCGAAAUGCGCUCCCGUUCCCUGGAGUGCAAACAUUCAGAGAAUAUGCGACAGUGGUACGAGUUUAGCUCACCCCUUAUCCAAUGAAAUAUUGGAGCAAAGUAAAAUGAUAGGGUUGAAGUUGAUCCUAAGGAAGUACGACUGUCGCACUCUUGGAUUGACCGGCUUUCGAUUGAUCCGAUUAUUUCAAUUAAUGAUUAAAUCCAAAGGCGAAGAGGGUUUUAAGGAUGCCCUAGAGAUUACCAAUUUCUCCGUAGACGCUGUUGAGGCUGAUUCAUAUCGCAUCUAUAUCAAGCAUCUUCUAAUUGAAGGAAACGAUUCCAAAGAAGCCCUGAAGGUGUUCAAGACCUUGUACGGGUUACAACCAGAAGAUUGCCGGAAAUCAGCUGAAAUCCUCAUGAAUUGGGCUGAAUUGUUGUUCACCCAUAGGUAUUCUCAUUUUCAAGAAUCGAUCACAUCAUUUCUCUAUGGCAUGAUUGGCGUUCUAGAGUUGAAAAUGAAUUCGGAUCUCGGGACUAGAGUGACAAAGUUGAAAAAGCGAUUACAGCUAUUUCAAGAGUUCCAAAUCAAAGGAACGCUUACCGACCCGACGCCCAUCCGGCAUUAUAUGGAAGUGAAAGUGACCAAUAACAUGACGUCGAGGGACCUUUCUCAACUCUACAAAGAAGUGCUGCGUUUGGCAGAACUGACUGACCUGGGAUUGGGGAUGCUAUUAAAACUUCUUUUAGAAGUGCUGUCGAAGUCUGCAAAGAGUGAGCUCGCGGUUCAACUUGCGUUAGGAUUGCACCAAUCGAGCUCUAGAGGGGGUAAUCAGAACUUCGUGUCACAUAUUAAGUCUAUGAUUCUUUUAAUGAACUCUCAUCUUGACGGAUCUGAAAACAACGAUGAGCUUCCUGCCAUUCUUCGAAAACUAGCUGGGAGUUGCCUGAUAAGUUGUCACCCUCGUGAUCUAGCCAAAGUUGCUUACAUUGCACGUUGGCAAUACUUCAUUGAGAGAAUCCAGCAACAAAUGCACAGGAACCUCAGUCUGGCAAAACUCAACCAAGCUCAGAAGAUACUCCCCGGCGAGAAGCUCGUCGUGUUCUUUAGGGACAAAGGACUACCGCUGGAUAAAACAAUUUAUACCACCAUCGACGCCUGUUUACAGAUUUUGGAUUCGGACAUUCUUUCCAGCGUGGUUGCAGUUAAAGACCUCUCCAGUUUUGGUGCGAAAUUAUGUACCCAGCUUCACAACAUGGGUCACCAUGAUUUGUCUUUGGCCUUACGACUGUUGAUAGGGGAUCUUCUUCUUCAGUUGGCCGUCCAAGCUAAUGAUCAAGACUUAGUUCAAACCGUGAUUCAAGGUCAUGUCACUUCGUUUCAAGUGAAAGCGUUACUCCCGAAGGUGCUCAGUGAGAAAAGACCCGAUUUCAUCUUGGCAUUGACCUACCUCCUGGGGAAUGCUAAAGCUAAAUCCCUCAUGGAUCUUGCUCAUGUCAAUUCUAAUUUCGGAAUUGAAUACAACAAGUUGGCAGCUUUAGCGCAACUGGGUCAUGAAUUCAGUCGCUUAUGGAACCUUGUUUCGCCCUUGGAAAACUUCCAAUCCUUACUUGUCAAGGCCACGUGGGGAAGAUUCGCUACUGACCAUGGGAUUCAAUUCAAAGAUUGUUUUGCCGGUGGUAAGAGUGAACUGACAAGUAUGCUCAAAACUUUUGCCAUAAAACCAGCCAUCUCUUUGGAGAAUAUUGUUCGCUACUGUCGAGCUUUUGAUAUCAACCUAUCAUCUUCAAUGGUGACAUACAUCCGAGUUUCUUUAGCCAAUUUGGAGCCAACGAUUUGUAAGAUUCAAAAAAAGGUGAUGAAGCCCUCAAACUUUGACGAAGUGAUUGAAAGAGUUGAGCGGGCUUUGUGCUACUUGGAAUCUGGAGAUGAAUGUCUUGCCUUGCUCUCCGAACUUUUCGAUGAGGUUAAUCCUUACAAUUAUGAGGUGCUUGGCUUCGUCAUCGAAAAGCUUCAAUACCUUCCCACUAUUGCGACUGUUCGUGAUGACAAGCAAUGUGAUAUGAUACUUCGGUCAAGCCAAUGCUUGGGGUUUCUUCUGCAAAACAACCGAGUUGGAGAACUCACAGAGACUGAAAUCGAUAAGUGGUACGAACACAGAAACGGCACGAUUACACCCAUUAGUCAAUUUAGGCUCCCUUUUACUUGGUUGAUCACAUUAAAAAGCAAGGAAAAAUUCAAGAUUUUGAGGAACGAGUUCCAAUUAACCAAUUACAGUCUGUGGUCCAAGAUAGCGAAUGUGUUGAAACUCAAGACUGACACGAUUUGUAUGCAAACCGUGCAGAAUGCCAUUGGGGCCAUAUCCAACUCCCAAGAAAUACUGGACUCUGAUUUGGAAUGGAAACUCCACCUUAAACACGACACAACGAUGACUAGUAUCCAUGCUUGUUUAUCUAGCAUGGAGGAUCCUGUGAAGGCCACCUCUUGCGCCCAUUGGGUUGUGAACCAUCUACCGGGUGGUGCAGAUAAACUUCUGGCCGCCGAAGGAAGUCAGCUCAUCGCCAAAAAUUGGUUCGAAGAGACUGGCGAACAAGCGGCAGAGCAAGGGUUCGUUCUGGCUACCAACACACUAUUGAGACUAAAAGUAACCAAUACCUUGUACAAGUAUGGUUUGAAUUCCAAACAGUAUUUAGAUCUCGCCACUCAUGGUUCUGGAAUUGAUAUCAUAUUCAAACUGUUUGAAGAUCCGAGCAUUGUUGAUCGAAGCAAAGUGGCUGGGGGCCGGUUUCCCGACAUUAAUCUAGCCGCACAGGAGAUAGCCGAUAUCUACGAUGAGAACAUUCAACGAAUCAAAUACGACUUAUUUGACCAAUGGCUUCCCGAAACUCAUUCCCAAGAAGAUCAGGCCAAUUUUGACGAAACUAUCACAAAUUUCAGACUUGUUUUCAACAAGAGUGAUUGCGGCAGCAGAACCAGCAUCAAUGAAGACAAUUUCCACCGGUGCGUUUAUUUGGCGCAAGGUGAUAAUGAAGAAGUGCUGAACUAUCUUCUGAACAAAGGCUUCUCCAAGACACGAAAUGUGCACACUAUGCAUAAAUUCAGGUCACUGAAAUGUCUUCUGGCUGUUGGCAAUGAGAGCUCGAUUGAAGCUUGCACCUCAAUGAAGUAUGAACAAGUGAGGACCCACAUGCAGAACCUUUAUUUCCUGGCUCGAUUGGAGAGCUUGAACCUUUCGUAUGACGAAGAGACUUUCCAAGAAGCUGAUAAGGCCGCUCUUGUGGAGAGUGUGCUUCGCUCAUGCUCACACAACUCCAAUGGUAUUCUCCUUUUAGUCGAGCUUUGCAUUCACUUCGACAUCUACCCUGCCAAUUUAUGGAUCAGUCUGUUGGAACACAUGGAGCAAUUAGGCAUGAAUGCCGCCUUAACGUCAGUCCUCCUUGAACUGAACCAUCAACCCCAUCUUUGGCACUUUCCAGCCUUCGCUUCAGCUUGGAACUCUCUCAUUCUUCGUCCCUUUCAGGAAGCUGCCAAUCCCCCGGUAAAUGAAGAGACAGUGUUGAAGUGUGAAAAGAGCUUCAACUUGAUCAGUUGUUGUCCAAUUGCCAACAGUCUAGAUUUGGAGACAGUCAGAGCUCUUUGUUCACGUCUGCAACUUCAAUGUCUACUUACCAAAUAUUCUUUUCUCUUUCAUCAUGAGAAUCGUGCGGGAACAUGAAUGAAUUGUGAAGACGCCGAGAGAAAAAAGUUAUGGAGUUGUUUUGAAAGUUUGUAUGAUUUGAGAGGACGAAGAUGAAUAUAUUUUAUAAACAGCCACGCUGUUUUCACGGCGAUCAA